AUGCAGACGUCAUCACACCAGCCCCUGCUGCCCGUGGUGAACCCAGGCGCCGCGGCCGAAGGGAUGUCGGGUCGCCACGGCCUACCGCGAAAGAAGAAGUCGGGCCUGGGCGGUGCAGCCAGGAGCAAGGACUUUAGAGCCUGCGGCCUGGGGGUGGUCCUGGUCAUGUGCGUCUACGGCGCCUUCUACGUGCUGCUCGAGAAGUCGGGCGAGGUCGACUGCCCGGACUGUGUGGCCAAGACCCACCCCGACUACCCAGCCAUCUCCGAGUACGAGCACACAAGACCCGUCCUCGUCUGGACAUGGCAUACGCUCGAGAACUUCCUCUACAUUCACCAGGAGUGUCUGGACGAGGUCGACGGGUUCAUCUUCCACCCGCCCACGGUGGCGCACAGGCCCUACGAGCCUCUGGUGAAGAAGCCCCAUCAGCAGUGGAUCCUCUUCUCCACCGAGUCCGAGCUCAACUACCCCAUGCUCGAAGACCCCAAGUUCAUGUCCAAGUUCGACAUCAACAUGACGUACCACUUGGAGGAUGCGGUGCCUUUCACCUACUACAUCGACAUCGACUUCUACACCAAGUACUGGCAGCACCCGAUCCUGCCCAAGACGGCCAAGGCUCCGGUGAUGAUGAUGAUCUCCAACUGUGAGCCAAAGUCGCCGCGCAACCAGUACCUCGCCGAGCUGAUGCGCUACAUCGACAUCGACUCCUACGGCAAGUGCUUCCACAACAAGGACAUACCGAGGGAGAUGGACGGGUGGCCGUGGUGGGAGGUCAAGUGGAACAUCACGGCGCAGUACAAGUUCACCAUCGCCAUUGAGAACUCCAUCUCUCUCGACUACGUCACCGAGAAGCUCUUCCACUCCUUCAUCGUCGGCACCGUCCCCAUCUACCUGGGGGCGCCUAACGUGGACAGCUUCGCUCCGGCGGAGAAGUCGGUCAUCAAGGUCACUGACUUUGAUGGUCCGAAGGAGUUGGCCGCCUACUUAAGGGCGUUGGACGAGGACGACGAUGCCUACGGGGAGUACCUGCAGUGGAAGCGGGACGGGCCGUCGCAGAGCUUCGUCGACCUCCAGCGGACCUCGCCCCGCACCGGACCCUGCCGGCUGUGCAAACGAAUCGCGGAGCUGCAGAACCUGACGCCGUCAAAGAGGGAAAUGGCCGCGCGGCAUCACCACCACAAGCACUGA